CCUACAGGCAACUGGAUGGAAUAGCAGCCCUCUCCUCUCUUCCCUCUUCCCCUGUUCUGCCCCUCUCUUCUGGGAAGUCACUUCAAGGAGGCAGACGCGGAGCACCAGUGAACCUACUCACAGGACCCACACACACACCUACGGACAGACUGAGUGAGAGUGUGACUGUGUGUGUGAUAGAGAGAGAGAGAGAGAGAGAGAGGGAGAGAGAGGGAGGUUGGAGCUGUCUUCGGUGGGACCAGGAUAACCUUUGGACCUACUGGCACCUGGCACCAGCAGCGUCUGGACGGACUGAGAGGGUUUUUUUGGUCUGGGUGUUUUUUUCUCCUGCCAGACAUCAUGGGGUGGCCACAGGGUCAUGUGGCCCGGCCCAUGGGGUCAUCAUCAGGCAAGGUGACGGCCACGACAACACUGCCUCUUUUACUCGUCUUCCUCACCGCCGUAUCGUCCUUCUCUACCCCACAACCCAGAGUCUUCCUCACUUUCACAGACCUCCAGGCGUCCCAGUCCUUCGAGUACUACACUCUGUCGGAGAAGCCCAUGGACUACCGGAUCCUGCAGAUGGACGAGGAUCAGGACCGCAUGUACGUGGGCUGCAAGGACCAUGUCCUGUCCAUGGACAUCAACAACAUCACGCAAGGCACGCUCAAAGUGUUCUGGCCAGCCUCGGUGGGCAAGAUCGAGGAGUGCCAAAUGGCGGGCAAAGACCCCACGCAUGGCUGUGGAAACUUCCUCAGGGUCAUCCAGCCUUUCAACAGGACCCAUCUGUUUAUCUGCGGGAGCGGAGCGUACAGCCCCGUGUGCGCCUACAUCAACAGAGGUCGCCGGCCAGAGGAGAAAGUCUUCCAGAUUGCCUCUCGGGCAGAAUCAGGGAAGGGAAGAUGUUCCUUCAACCCGCAGGUCAACACAGUCUCUGUCAUGCUGAACCAGGAGCUCUUCUCCGGCAUGUACAUCGACUUCAUGGGCACGGACGCCGCCAUCUUCCGGAGUCUGACCACCAGGAACGCCGUGAGGACUGACCAGCACAACUCCAAAUGGCUGAGUGAGCCCGUCUUUAUCGACGCCCAUCUGAUCCCGGACGGGUCGGACCCGAACGACGCCAAGCUCUACUUCUUCUUCCGCGAGCGGCUGACGGACAACAGCGGCAACACCAAGAACAUCCACACCAUGGUGGCGCGAGUGUGUCCGAAUGACACUGGCGGUCAGCGAAGUCUGGUAAAUAAAUGGACCACCUUUCUGAAGGCCCGGAUGGUGUGCUCGGUGCUGGAGGAGGACGGCACGGAGACCCACUUUGACGAGCUCGAGAGCGUGUUUUUGCUGGAGGCCGAGAACCCCAAAGGCCUCCUGGUGUUUGGCGUCUUCACGUCCACAAGCUCUGUGUUUAAAGGGUCCGCCGUGUGCGUGUACAACAUGGCCGACAUUCUGACGGUCUUCAACGGGCCGUUCGCCCACAGGGAGGGCCCCAACUUCCAGUGGGUGGCCUUCCAAGGACGCAUCCCGUACCCAAGGCCUGGCACGUGUCCUGGUGGGGCUUUCACCCCCCAUGUCCAGAGCACCAAGGAGUUCCCUGAUGACGUGGUGACGUUCGUCAGGAACCACCCCGUGAUGUUCAAUCCCAUCUACCCCGUGGGCAGGAGGCCACUGCUGGUGCGGACACACGCUGACUACAAAUACACCUCCAUCGCCGUCGACCAGGUCACUGCAGCGGACGGCCAGUACCAGGUCCUCUUCCUGGGCACAGACAAAGGCACAGUACAGAAGGUGAUCGUUCUGCCCACAAAUGGUUCCCUGGACGAGGAUCUGAUCCUGGAGGAGCUGGAAGUGUUUAAGAAUGGAGCUGCCGUGACCAAUUUGCAGAUCUCGUCCAAAAAGCAACAGCUAUACGUGAGCUCGGAACAUGGCGUCUCCCAAGUGUCCCUGCACCGUUGCCAUGCCUACGGCUCGGCCUGCGCUGACUGCUGCUUGGCCAGGGACCCCUACUGCGCCUGGGAUGGAAUGACCUGUUCUCGUUUCUACCCCACGGGAAAAAGGCGCAGUCGGAGACAGGACAUCAUCCACGGCAACCCACUAACCCAGUGCAGAGGGUUCAACCUCAAGGCCUACAGGAAUGCGGCGGAGUUGGCCCAGUACGGGAUCAGGAACAACACCACCUUCCUGGAGUGCAUGCCCAAGUCUCCGCAGGCCUCUAUCAAGUGGCUCAUCCAGAGAGACAACGACCGGCGGAAAGAGGUGAAGCUGGGUGACCGCGUGGUGUCCACGGAGCACGGCCUGCUCAUCCGCUCGGUGCAGCCGUCCGACCAGGGCCUCUACUACUGCCUGACCACGGAGAACGGCUUCAAGCGCACGGUGGCCAAGCUGCGGCUGCGCGUGCUGAGCGAGGCGCUGGUGGGCGCACUGAGUGCCGGCAAGCAACAGCAGCAGUCGCCGUGGGGAUGGGCGGCGGCGGCGGCCGCGCUGCACCCCAAGGCCCUGGUGUCGGCGUUCACGCCGGCCGACGCGCUCGCCGUGCAGCAGUACUGCAAGGAGCGCAAGCAGCUCCAGGGCCUGGCGCCCGCCGUCGUCUCCUCCUCCGCCGCCAGGGGCGACAUGGGCAAGCUGGGCAAGCUCAAGCCGCUGCUGGACCGCACCAAGAGCCGCAACCGCAGGAACCACCUGCCGCUGGAGUAGAACCGCAGGAACCACCUGCCGCUGGAGUAGAACCGCAGGAACCACCUGCC